AUGGCUAUGGGAAGUAGAUUUGGAAGACCUAUUCGUGUUGAUGAAACCACUUUGAAGAAGGAAGUAGGUCUCUAUGCUAAUAUACUGGUUGAGAUUGAUCUGACAAAGGUAAUUCCCAAUGAAAUCUGGGUUGAAACUAAUUAUGGUAAAUUUGAACAAGCAAUUAGGUUUAAUAGAAUUCCAAAAUCUUGUCAUCACUGUAAUACAAUUGGGCAUUAUGUAGCGGAAUGUCGUAUUAAGAGAAAGGAGCAAGUUAGAAAGGAGAAUCCUCAGCAUCAAUGGAGAUAUACUCCAAAAAAAACUCAACAUCAAACUUCAGUGGGUUUUGAUAUUUGCUUCAACAUACAACAAAUUGUAGAAUCAGUUUCAAAAGUGGAUGAACUUGUUAACAAUAUUACACCACUUAAUGUUUCUACUGAGGAGAAGUGUAGUGGUUUUACUGGUCUUCUGGAAUCAACUCAGGAAUUUCCAACUUUAUCAGUGGAUAAAUUACUUGAUGUAAGUACUAGAAUUCCUCCCUUAACUUCUAAUGUGGGUGUGACUCAACCAUCACUAGUUUAA